AAGCUAGACAACAGCGCACCGCCAUGGCCGACAUUUCCGACCACUCCGCCACCGACAAGAAGUCACCCUCGCUCCUCCGAUCCGUGACCUACCACCACUGGUCCAGAUUCCCCUCUUCCCGAUUGCUCGCCGACGAUGACCCGACCAAGCCCCCCAAGGUCGUCCUCUACUGCACCUCCCUCCGCGGGAUUCGCCAAACCUUCGAGGACUGCUGCUCCAUCCGCGCCAUCUUCCGCGGACUCCGCCUCGCAGUCGACGAGCGCGACGUCUCCCUGCACGCCGCCUUCCGCCUCGAGCUUCAGGCCGCGCUCAAUGGUCGGACCUUCGCCCUUCCCCAGGUGUUCGUCGGCGAUCGAUGGAUCGGCGGCGCACAGGAGAUUCGACAGAUGCAUGAGGCCUCCGAGCUCGGAAGGUUGCUUGGGGAGGUUGCUCGCCAGGACCCCGCCUUUGUCUGUCACGGAUGCGGCGGGGUGCGGUUUGUGCCCUGCCCGACUUGUAGCGGAAGCCGGAAGAUCUUUGUUGAGGAGGAGGGGAGGAUGCGGCGGUGCGUGGAAUGCAACGAGAACGGUUUGGUACGAUGUCUUGACUGCUGCUAUUGAAUGAGCUGAAUACCGCAAUCUUUAAUCACUUCAAAAGGACAGCAAUCUACAUUCAAGAACAACUAAAUAGGAAGGCAGAAGGAAGUUUAAAAUGGGCGUCUUCUUUUUUCUUUUUGGUAGCUCCUCCUCCUCUUUUGUCGACGCUAUUAAGCUAAUUGCUUUGCUGUUGAAGAAAAAUGCCAUAUUAGUUAGCUAUACAUAAUAUGAGACUGAGGUUUUCAUUUGAUGACUCUGUAUAUUAGGAAAUUAAUCUGAGGGUGGUUAUUAAUUUAAAUAACUUUUAUUCAUUUAUCCUA